AUGACAGUUAACUUUGCAAACAGCGCACCAAGUAGUAGUAGACUCUUACUGCUAUCGCUUGGUUUGUCAUGGACCUUGGUUACAGCUCAAGAAAGUGGCGACCCAACUGGUGAUGAUUCUUCUGGUAGUGGUGAUCCAUCAGGCGAUGACAGUGGCGGUAGUGGAGACCCAAGUGGUCAAGAUACAUCAUCACAAGGAUCACCAUCUUCAUCAACAAACGAAGGUAGUAGCGGUAGCGGCACUAGUGAUAGUGGCUCUUCAGGCAACGAAAGUACACCUGCUGCAUCACCUUCUCAGUCGUCCGAUGCAGGAGAUACACCAUCAUCCAAUCCUACAUUAUCGACUGAAGCCUCAAGCAACAACGACACUUCUUCAUCCACUAACAACACUGGUGCCAUUGCUGGUGGUGUCAUUGGUGGAUUGUUAGGUGCAGCAGCAGUGUUAUUAGCUCUAUUUUGGUUUUUAAAGAAACGUCGACAAGCAAGCAGCAAGGCUGCUGGAGGAGCCUUUGCUGAUAAGACCAUGAUACCCGAUGAGGAUGUUGAGGAAUUCACCCCACGAAAUGACGAAUACCCAUAUGGGAUGCAACAAUCAUCGUCAACCAAUGCAAACAGCAAUGAUGAUAUGAUACACAACAAUGCAUCUUCAUACACACCACCUCCUCCACCUCCUCAUUCUGCCGUGUACAACCGAUCCUAG